GGGGCGUCGGCGGGGAGAGGCGGCCUCAGCACGAGCCCCACCCGGGGACUGCGACCCGGGGUUUUAACUCGCAGGAGCCGCCACACCUCCUUUUGCCCACCUGUGAAAUGGAGCUUAUUCUGGUCAGUGUAGGCUUAGCCCGCAUCACGUGCCUCCUUUGUCUGCGGCUCGGGCUCCGACCGGCGGUUCUGGAGCGCGCUUAGAGACCGCAGCCGGAGGGGGUGGUCUGCGGGGUUGGUUGGGUCGUCAGCGUCGCCCUAAAAACCAAGGAGCCCAGUUCUUGGAGCGCAGCCUUCUGGCCAGGUGCUGGGAAAGUCCUCGACCUGUUUUACCUCUCAUCCCCGCAGAGACCUCGAGGCUCAGGUCUAUUUUUAACCGCAUCUCAGAUAAGGAACCGCGAGCCUAAGAGGCGCAGCUGCUGGAGGGAGGCGCACAGGCUUGUUGGAGGAUUCCACGAGACGGUGUCAAAUGUCUAGCACACAGCCGUUGCCGGCCUCCAGCUGCCAGCUUUCUGCCUGGAUCUUUCUCCGCAUUUCUCCUGUCUCCUCAGACCGAAGCCCUUGGGGUAUGUAACAGUCAUGCCCGUGGACACACUGACUCCAGGAGCCCGGGACACCCCUGCCCUACCUUUCCGCCUGCGGACCAAGGUCCCUGGCUACCUGCUACGGCGGCCAGCAGAUGGUGGAGCCCGGAAACCUAGUGCUGUGGAGCGCCUGGAAGCUGACAAGGCCAAGUAUGUCAAGAGCCUGCAUGUGGCCAAUACCCGCCAGGAACCUGUGCAGCCCCUGCUGUCCAAACAGCCACUCUUCAGCCCUGGGACUCGCCGUACCGUGCUCACACCUAGCCGCCGAGUCCUGCCUGGCCCCGGCCGCCGGCCCCAGCUGGACCUGGACAUCCUUAGCAACCUCAUCGACUUGUGUGACAGUCCCGCAUCCCCUACUGAGGCCAGCCGUACCCCUGCACGGACAGAGGGAGCCCACCAGGCACCCCCAGCCACCCCUCCACGCCCGCCACCCAGUACAACUGCUGUCCGCCGAGUGGAUGUCCGUCCCCUGCCUGCCUCACCUGCCCGGCCCUGCCCAUCACCAGGCACUGCCACUGCCUCCAGCCCAGCCCGGCCCCCAGGUUUGCAACGCUCCAAGUCGGAUUUGAGUGAGCGUUUCUCAAGGGCAGCAGCUGACCUGGAGCGAUUUUUUAACUUCUGUGGCCUAGACCCGGAGGAGGCACGGGGGUUGGGGGUGGCCCAUCUGGCACGGGCUAGCUCAGACAUCGUAUCCCUGGCUGGACCCAGUGCUGGGCCUGGCAGCUCUGAGGGGGACUGCUCCCGCCGCAGCUCUGCCACCGUUGAGGAGCGGGCCCGGGAGCGCGUCCCUUAUGGGGUGUCAGUAGUAGAGCGCAACGCCCGUGUGAUCAAGUGGCUGUACGGGUUGCGGCAAGCACGGGAUCCCCCAGCAGCUGAGGGCUAGGCCUCCACUGGACUUGGCAUUUGCCACAGGACAGAUCUUAGAGGGGCAACUGGCCCCUUGACCUCUUCAGUAUCUAUUCCCUGGCUUGGGCAGACCAGAGGUUGUUACCUUGUGUGAACCUGGCAUGGGGGCAGAACUCAGAGGCUGGACCAGCAUCCAUCUGGCAAGGACUGACCCUGGAGAGAGUUGCCUCUUGACCUUGGGCCACCUUCUACCCCUCACAUGUAGGGGUUUUGACACUAGCCCUGCCUGGUUCUUCUUGUGGGUUUGGAUCCAGGGCACUCAGCCUUCUCCACUGAGAGUGAAGGACCAAAGGAUCUUACUAGGCCUGUCUACCUAGCGGUUCUGUUUCCUUCUUCCUUGGCCUCUAACCUUUGCUGACUUCCUCUUCCUUUCCCAGUGGGCCCUGGUUCCCUGGGAACUUGGCUGUGGGUGGGGGCAGGGCCGUGGCGGCCUGGCCUACCUAGGUGGGUAGACUACAGGAGGGACUAGUAGGAGUCUGUACCGCUCUGACUUCUCUCCCUUUGGUUAAUAAACACAAAUGCUUGUUUUUCAA